UUCCAACACCAGCAGCACCAUGAAGACGAUCGCUGUCCUGGCGGCGCUGGCCGCGCUGGCCGGUGUCGGGCACGCCCUCCGGUACCGAGUAGUGCGCGCCUCCGCGCUCCGGCGACCCUCCGCCGGUCGGAUCGGCCGCCGAGCCUCCUUCGGCGUCGGCAGGAACUCCAACGACGACCUCUUCGGCAGCCAGGGCAGCUACGACGACCUCUACAGCAGCCAGGGAAGCUUCGAUGACCGCUUCUCCAGCCAGCGCAGCUUCGAUGACCGCUUUUCCAGCCAGGGCAGCUACGACGACAACUUUGGCAGCCAGGGCAGCUUCGAUGACCGCUACAAGAGCUCGUUCGACGACCUUUACAAGAGCCCGAGCUCCAACGACGAUCUCUACCAGAGCCAGGGCUCUUACGAUGACGCCUUCGGCAGCCAGAGCUCGAACGACGAUCUCUUCGGCAGUCGCUUCUCCCGCGACGACAGCAGCUUCGGUGGCCUGGACUCAUUCGACGAUCGCGGCUCCGGCCCCUAUGUGCGGUACUUCUAGACUGUUUGACUAGGUGGGUUAUUUCCACGGCCUGCUGUUGAAUAGACGGAAUG